AUGACACGCAGCACGUUGUUCUUGGUGGCAGCCCUAGUCAGCAGUGCGACUGCUCUAUGGCCUCAACCUCAGAGUAUAUCAACUGGCUCUAACGCUCUCAAGAUCUCACCUUCCUUCCAUAUCACCCUCUCUGGAAUCAAAAACGCUCCUAAAGACCUUCUCGACGCGAUUUCGGAGACCAAAGACAAUAUCGCGAAUGAUAAACUCGAACGGCUCGUCGUUGGUCGUGGUGCUGUAGAUGCAGAAGCUGUUGCGAAAAGUGCCGAGUUGAAAGAGCUCGUAGUGUCCCUGGAGCACGAUGGCAAAAUCCGAAGUAUUUCAGAGGAAGCAGUCGAUGCGAUAGAGAACAGAGUUGAAGGAUAUAGCCUUACUGUUCCUGAAGAUGGGUCAGCGGCUACUCUCAAAGCGAAUUCUACACUUGGGCUAUAUCGAGGAUUGACGACAUUCCAGCAGCUAUGGUACUUCUGGGAUGGCAAGGUUUACCUGGUGGACGCACCUGUCGAAAUCCAAGACUCUCCCAAAUAUCCUUACCGUGGACUUAUGCUUGACACUGCCCGGAACUACUUCCCGGUUGAAGAUAUCAAGCGUACUUUGGAUGCCAUGAGCCUGGUCAAGAUCAACACCUUCCAUUGGCACGUUGUCGACAGCCAGAGCUUCCCACUCCAAGUUCCGGGAUUUAUGGAGUUGUCUGAAAAGGGUGCCUACUCACCUUCCUCGGUGUACACACCAAAAGACGUGAAAGAUAUUGUUGCUUAUGCCGCAGCGCGUGGUAUCGAUGUAAUUGCCGAAAUUGAUACCCCAGGUCACACCUCCGUGAUCGCCAAGGCCUUUCCCGAACACAUCGCCUGUAACGAAAAAACUCCCUGGGCCACGUACGCCAACGAACCUCCCGCUGGCCAGCUCCGUCUCGCCUCCGACGCAACUGUCAAGUUCACCGCUAAUCUCAUUGAAGCUGCUUCUUCCUUGUUUCUAUCCAAGUUCUUCUCGACCGGGGGAGAUGAAGUGAAGCAAUCUUGUUACCAAGACGAUGAAGAGACUCAACAACAGCUUAAUGCAAGCGGGAAGACUGUGGAAACUGCGUUGAACGACUUUAUGAAGGCUACCCAUGAAGCGUUGCAUAAGAACGGGAAGACGGCUGUUGUAUGGCAAGAGAUGGUUUUGGAACAUAAGAUCGAGUUGAGGAACGAUACUGUGAUCUUCGUCUGGAUAUCUUCUACCGAUGUCAAGGCCGUCGCAGAAGCAGGGUUUAGACUUGUUCAUGCUGCGUCUGACUAUUUCUACCUUGACUGUGGUGGUGGUGGAUGGGUUGGGGACUUCCCCAGUGGAAAUAGUUGGUGUGAUCCUUUCAAAACCUGGCAGAAGGCCUACUCAUUCGACCCAACUGCCAACUUGACCGAAUCUGAAUCCAAACUCGUCUUGGGUGGACAACAACUCCUCUGGACCGAACAAUCCGGUCCUCAAAAUCUGGAUUCUAUAGUAUGGCCUCGUGCAGCAUCAUCUGCAGAAGUGUUUUGGUCUGGUAUAGGAGGGAGUAUCAGUCAGGCGUUGCCGAGGUUGCACGAGCUUGGGUUUAGGUUGAAUCAGAGAGGUGUGAGGGCUAUACAUCUGCAGCCUUUGUGGUGUGCGUUGAGACCUGGGGUUUGUGAUUUGACUGCUUAA